AUGAUGAGCCAUAGUUCUUGUUCUGAUGCGAAUUUGAGUCGGAGCUGGGGUCCUCAUUACAAUUGCGGUAGAGUAACGACGGUUGCAAAGUCAUGGACAAAUGAGAAUCCAGGUAGAAGAUUUUUCAGGUGCGUUGUUCAUGGGUUUAUUAAUUGGGCACAUGAAGAAAAGCCAAACGGUUGGCAGAAGGUUAGCUUACUAGAGGCAAGGGAGGAGAUCAAGGUACUAAAAGAAUCUCUAAGGGCAAAGAAUGAACAAAUUGGGAGUGGUUCCAACAAUGUCUCAUGUGAGUUAGUGAAGAAACAUGAGGAUGAGAAGAACAAGCUUCAAAGUGAAGUUAUGGUAGCUAAUGAAAGGGAAAAAUGCUUAGGCAAUUCAUCUUGUUAUCUUGGGAAGGUUUCAUUGUUGUCAUUGCAAUGA